AUAUUUUACAUUCUCAUAUUUUAACUAAUAUUUUUUCUACUUAAAUGAAAAAAAAAAUUUUAAUAAUUUUUAUUAAAGAUAUACAUUUAAUUAAUAUUAAAUAUUUUUAUAGUAAAAAAUUCCAUUGCCGCUGUUUCCUAGUUUCUUAUAAUAAAAAUUCCUAACUAAUUGGGCUACACACUUUACUCAGCCUAAUCAUCAUGCGUUAAUAUAGCUCUCGGAUUGGAUAUCAGUCGUAUUCAUGUAACCUUUUGAGAGCUAACACACGGAGUAUCGUGUCAUCGUUCGCUAUAUUUCUAGUAAAUCUUUUGUAGUGCUUAUACUUCUUUUAGUUUUUGAUAGUAAAUCUCUUUUGAAAAACUGAACACAACAAAACGAAUAAUUUUUAAUUCAGAAAAAUGAAAUUUGAACUUUGGAAGUUGCGGUAUCUACGGCCAGACCCCAACAAACGUCUGUAGAUUGCGCGAACCUAUAUUGUCUUGUUCUUCUCAAAAGCAGAAAAAAAUAUAUACGUACGUAUUGGGCAUUGACUUGAUUUCGUAACCUGUAGAAAAUUAGCAACGUGAAGCUAUUAAAAUAUCUUCUUCAUAACAUGUAGAAUAUUCAAACGGAAAAACAUGCACCGUAUAUGCACCUCACUUCAUACACUAAUCUAUAAUCUCUAUAUAAGACCACGUUACCAUAGUUUCUUGCCAACCAAGUCAUAUAAACCAAAGCAUUUAUAGAAAACAUCUCCUACUUUUCUCUAUCUAAAAGAAUGGCUUCGUUCGUUUUCUUGAUUAUGUCCAUUGUGCUGAGUUACAUAACCUCUGGAGCCACAUCUCGUGGAGGACUCUUCAAAGCUUCUGCCAUGGAGAAACAUGUGCAAUGGAUGUCUCGAUUCCAUCGUGUUUACUCCGACAAUUCUGAACAAGCUAGUAGAUUCGAGAUCUUUAAGAAGAACUUAGAGUUCGUUGAGACAUUCAACAUGAAUACGAACAUAACAUUCAAGUUGGAUGUCAACCAGUUUUCUGAUCUCACCGACAAGGAGUUCCUGGCAAAGUACAUGGGCCUAGUGGUCCCCGAAGGUACGAACGAAGUUUCAGAAACCGACAAGACUAUGUCGUUUAGAUAUGAAAAUGUCAGUGAAACCGGUGAGAGCUUGGACUGGAGACAGGAGGGGGCCGUUACUUCCGUUAAGAACCAAGGCCAAUGUGGAUGUUGUUGGGCUUUCUCGGCGGUGGCAGCCGUGGAAGGUAUUACAAAGAUUGCAAAAGGUGAUCUUGUAUCCCUGUCGGAACAGCAGCUGGUGGAUUGUAGCAGAGACUUUAACAAUGGAUGCAAUGGAGGGAUAAUGUCAAAAGCUUUCGAGUACAUUAUUAACAACCAAGGAAUCACCACGGAGGAUAACUAUCCUUACCAAGAAUCACAAGGAACAUGUUCUUCAGCCACCCAAGUUACUGAUUUCGUUGCUGCUACCAUAAGCGGAUACGAGACGGUUCCAAGUGAUGACGAGGAAGCAUUGCUAAAAGCGGUGUCUAAACAGCCUGUUUCUGUGGCGAUAGCUGGAUCAGGGGCUGCGUUUAUGCAAUACUCCGGGGGGAUAUUUGACGGAGAGUACUGUGGGACGCACCAGACUCAUGCGGUUACGAUUGUUGGUUAUGGGAUUAGUGAAGAAGGGACUAAGUACUGGUUAUUGAAGAACUCAUGGGGAGAAAAUUGGGGAGAAAAUGGUUACAUGAGAAUCAAGAGAGACGUGGAUGCACCUGAAGGAACGUGUGGUUUGGCCCAUUUUGCUUACUAUCCACUUGCAUGAAUCCUGUUAUGUUGUUCGAAUAUAUUUACAUGGGGUUGUUCAUAGUAAUUGACAACAUCCUUAUCGGAUAUCUUAUGAACUAUAAACCGGCGUUUUCGUUGGUUAUUUCUAUUUUUGGAAUUUAUGUUGAUGAAACCAUGUAUGUCAACGUUUUUUUUUUUUUUUUUUUUUUUUUCAUGUUGUCAACGUUGGUGUAGUAAUGUAUAACUAUUUUGUGGUAAUUAUUAGAUUUAUGUCCAAACAUAUACUGACUAGUCUUUCUGGAAGUAAAUAAUGGAACUUAGCCACUUCGUAAAUGACUCUUAUCAAGUUAUUAAACCUGGCCCUAGAUUCAUUGAAAAUCAUGAUGACUCAUAACACCGGCUUGAGGUUGAACUUUGGCACUCCUGUCUUGAACAACUUCGAAGAGACAAUUUACAUCCCAAUAGAUAUUUAGUCCAAAACGUCCUAGCCUCUACCCUCUCAAGCUUCGUCUUCUCCACUUCCUCCUUGCUUCAUCUCCUCUGUUUAUCGUCGGGUUGCGGCGGGACCAUGCGAUUCAAACCAGCGGUGGUGGGAGUCCUCAGCCUCCUUGGAGAGAUGGCGAGGUCGUGGUGAGCCAGAUCUGAGCUGGAGGCAUCGUAUAGCGGGUAGAUCUAGGGUUUGACUUUGAGUAGAUCUGGGUCAGAUCUCUCUAGGAAGGUUCGCCAGAGUGGCUUUGCGUCGCCUUCGCCGUUCUGGUCAGUUGCUGUCUCCACCGUCUUCCCCUGUCUCCUCUUGCGACCGCUUUGGUAAGAACUUCCCCCUCUUGUUCCAAGUUGAAAAGGCGAUAUCGAGGCUUAUCGUCGGGGACUUCUUCUCGGUAAUGGCUUCUCGAUAACCAUCUGGUGUUUUGUUGAGUUUAUUCUCUCUGUUCGCCUGCUAUUAGGAGCUUUUGCUCCUCUGUUCCUCAAGCUUCAGAAAGAAGUUGGCCGCUGUCCUUUGCCUCUCUUGGUGUUCUGAUGCCGGAAUCCUUUGUGCUCUGCUCGUGUGGUGGGACCAGAGUCCAGCCGAUUAAACCUCUGCUUCCGCCUGCAAGUAUCCCACCUGUACUUCAUCUACUGGUUUCUUUACACCAGCUAGAAUUCUCAGAGCAAGGCGUGGCAGCUUCUUGAGAUAGCAAUAUCUGGAGUGGACUUCACUGCUUGCGAUGGCCGGACCAGGACUUGCCGACCCUGCUUCGCCUAUCCUUCUGUUGAAGUCACCUUCGGGACGGUCCGCGGUCCCUCGGACUGUUCUCCGGUUGCGAUUCUCUAUUGAUCCGAGCGAUUUUGAUGCAGGUUCCGGCUUCAAAAUCUUCACUUUGGUCUACUGUUAGCUAAAAGGUUGUCUUUCAAUCUGUUUAAUUAGCUAAGCUUUAUUCACAUCCUCAUGGUUGUGUUCGAACCUUAUUAGUCUUAGUGAGUCUUUUUUACCUUUUUUUGUGGCUUGCUAAGGCUCCACUGCUUUGUCUUGUCGACGUAGCGUCUUAGAUUCAUUAGGAUUAGAUUCGUGGAAGCCUAUUGUAUCUCAUUGCCUCAUUAUUAAGUUAAUGAAAUUCACAUACUUAACAAAAAAAAAAGGCUACAAGAAAGAAUAAAAGAAGGAAACUGGUGAAAAAGAGGAAGAUAAAGACAGAAAAACGCAUUGUUUUGCAAAGAACGAUAAAAAGGCUUCCCGGUCAGACUACACCCAGAAACGGCUUCAUGCUCCAACUUCAAGGUAGCAAAAGUGUUUGUAAACGCUGAUCUUGCAAAGGAUUUUCCCAAAGAGAUCAACUUUACAAAAGAUGGGAAAUCGUUUCUGGUGGAGUUCAGCUACCCUCGUCUGUCACUCCGGUGCCAUACGUGUGGGAAAUAGGGAAAUAUCGAGAAGGUCUGCAUUAUGAAUAAGAAGGAUGGGACUACAAAAUCUGUAAAAGAGAUAAUAGCAGAGGGUUACAGAGGAAACACAGAGGUCUCAAAGCAAGUAGUGGAGGUUCCAGAGCACACAACCGAGAUAUCAAAACAAGUCGUGGAGGUUUCAAUACAAACAGAGGAGGUUCCAACAAUUGAGGAGCCUCAAAAACAAAUAAUGGAGGUUUCAAAAGAAGUAGAGGAGGCAUCAAAACAAACUUUGGAGAUAU